AACCGUACUCCGGUAUAUGAAGUACUUUUUGGCACGUUUGUUUGGAUAUUUUUUCGCAUGAGAGCUCAUUAACGUUUCGCUUCGCUAAGUGCACUGUACACUCGCAUUCAUUGAAAGUUGUCGAUGAGUUUUUUGUUGUGGAAAAAGUCUACAAAACAACUACACAGCAGAAUAACAAAAAUAAGUAAAAAAGAAGAACAAAAAACAAACAACAAGAAAACCGAAAAAUCAACUGCCGCAAAACCAGAAUUUAGAGUAAUAUUUUAAUUAAAAAAUGUCGUGUCUUCCGUUAUAACGUAAGACUAGCGGUCAGAACACGAGUCAGUUAGUCACACACAUGUGUUUUGUAUGUACCACAACAUCAUCUAUCUAGCUAGCUAGCUAUUUACUGGAUUUUAAACCACCGUCAUCAAGUGUUGGCAAGCAGCCUGCCUGCCUCGGUUUAUGUAGGAGUAAAUACGUAUCUGAUCUCUACUAAUUUGCACCGUAUUCCAGGAGCACUAUAAAGCAACGAACCUUAUAAAUUGUGUGUGUUUUUGCUCAGUUGUUUUUGCUGUUGAUUUUUUAUUUCAUACUCAUACACAGACAGACGAAGAUCGACGUUCGUAUUCGUCGUAUGGCGUGUAUUCUUCUUCUAAUUUGCAUUGUCGCUAAUCGAGCAUAAAGCACAAAUUAAAGCAAUUAAUUAAAAAAAAUCCAUACAAGAUAAACAACAACAAACAGGAUAGUAAUGUAUAUCAACAAAAAAACAACAAAUAUUGUUUGUUAAUCGUUACAGAAUAUAUAAUACAAAAUUUGAGCGUGUACAAAAAUAUAAAUAAAUAACAAAAAUGCAAAUACCAAAAUUACCAAAAGUUAUAAAUAAAAUUUCCAUAUUUUAAAAAGAAAUAAAACCAACAAACCCGCCGUAACUCCAUUAUAAUAAUGUAGUAUGUGAUUGUGAUUUUAAAGUUUGAAGAAUAAAAAUAUCCCUAAUUAUUUAUACAAAAAAAAUAUAAAAACGAAAGUUAAAAUAAAAUAAAUAAAAUAGUAAUACAAAACAAAAAAUAUAUAUUGCAGGUAUUUAAAAAUGUUCUUUUUUACACAUUAAACAUAGAAAAAAUAUUUAAAAAAUCGAUCUUUAAAAAUUUACACAGUACGAAAAACAAUUUAUGUAUUCAGUAAAUAAAUUAAAAUAUAAAAAAUAUAUAUACCAACACAUAUAAACAAUUUACACAUACAUAUACGUAUAUCUGUGUAUACAUGUUUUUUUGGAGAAUCAAUCUCAAAACUAAUUUUAUAAUUAAACCAAAACUAAAGAAAAAGUUUUCACUUAUUGUCGCUUUUAGUCAUUCCACAUGUGUUAAUCUCUAAACCAACAAAGUUCUAUAAUUAAAAAAAUUACAAGAAAAUAGCAAAAGUGAAAUAAUUUGUAAAAUAAAAAAAUCAGUCAAAUGAUGAUGCUAACAACAGAACACAUCAUGCAUGGCCAUGCCUCAUCGGUUAGUCAAAGUGCAUUGUUUGGUUGCUCCACAGCUGGUCAUAGUGGUAUCAAUCAACUGGGCGGUGUGUAUGUCAAUGGCCGACCGCUGCCGGACUCUACACGUCAAAAAAUAGUUGAGCUCGCCCAUUCGGGUGCUCGUCCCUGUGAUAUAUCGCGUAUUCUACAAGUUUCCAAUGGCUGCGUCAGUAAAAUUUUAGGCAGAUAUUAUGAAACUGGGUCAAUUAAGCCACGUGCCAUUGGUGGUUCAAAACCUCGAGUUGCCACCACACCAGUUGUACAAAAAAUAGCAGACUACAAACGUGAAUGUCCCAGCAUUUUUGCGUGGGAAAUACGAGAUCGAUUGCUUUCGGAACAAGUAUGCAAUAGUGAUAAUAUUCCCAGUGUGUCAUCUAUCAACCGCGUUUUAAGAAAUUUGGCAUCACAAAAAGAACAACAAGCUCAACAGCAAAGUGAAUCAGUAUAUGAAAAGCUACGAAUGUUCAAUGGACAAUCUGGUGGUUGGGCGUGGUAUCCAGGUAACACGACAACUGCUCAUUUAGCCCUACCUCCAACACCUGCCGGCGCAACCUUAACAAGUCAAAUAACGCGCGAAGAACUACUUAAGCGAGAUGUAUUUUCGGGAGAUCUAUCCCAUGCUAAUUCGCAUGAAAGUACCUCAGAUGGAAACUCCGAUCAUAAUUCUUCCGGCGACGAAGACUCUCAAAUGCGUUUGCGUUUAAAACGUAAAUUACAGCGUAAUCGGACAUCAUUUACCAACGAACAAAUCGAUAGUUUGGAGAAAGAAUUCGAGAGGACCCAUUAUCCUGACGUGUUUGCUAGAGAAAGGCUGGCAGAAAAAAUAGGUUUACCAGAGGCACGUAUUCAGGUGUGGUUUUCAAAUAGACGUGCCAAAUGGCGUAGAGAAGAAAAGUUGAGAACUCAGCGACGUUCGGCCGACAACAUCGGUCAUAGUGGUAGAACAAGUGCCACAAACCCAACAGGUACCAACUCUGUUAUAAGCAGCGUUAAUAAUGCAACAUCUUUAGUCGAAAGCAAUACAUCUAGUCAUACACCCAAUUCAAAUAGUAGUAACACGACAAACGAUUCAGCACCAACAACGGCAGCGUCAUCAAGUGUACCUACAAAUAGUACAAACGGAGCACCUAAUAUACCGGAAAACAGUGGCGGUAACGCUGGCGUUGGCCAUGUUAAUUCUGUUAGUCCGCCUUUACAAACAGUCACAUCCAGGUUAUCAUUGAACUCUGGCUUUAAUUCAAUGUAUUCACCGAUUUCCCAGCCAAUUGCAACAAUGGCAGAAACUUACAACUCCAUGACAUCAUCGCUAAGUUCAAUGCCAUCGCCAUGUUUACAACAACGUGAAAGUUACACGUAUAUGUUUCAUGAUCCGCUUUCUCUUAGCUCACCAUACGCUGCUCAUACGCGAAACUCAUGUAACCCAUCAACGGCCCAUCAGCAGACUCCCCAGCAUAGUGUUUAUGGUAGCAGUUCAAGUGCUGGAGCAAAUAAUUCAGAUAACCAUACAUUUGCAGGCGUUAUUUCCGCUGGAGUGUCUGUACCAGUACAAAUAGCAACACAAAGUAGCAGUGAUUUGGCGGGAGCGAAUUAUUGGCCGCGUCUUCAGUGAUCUACGUUCUUUGACUUGACACCACAAUUGCUCACAAAGGCUGCUGGUGUGUCUCACAGCAACAGCCCUAUCACAGCAACACCGUCGAUUGUUGUCCCUUCAUCCUGCAGUGCAAACCUUGAUAUAAGUAGUACGAGUGCUUCGGCAGCAGCAUCAGUAGCUGUUGCUGC